GCCGAGUAGGCUCGGGAGGAGCUUGGAGGUUCCGCGAGUUCUGUGGUGCGGGCGCGUUGAGGCUUGGAAUCCUCACCGAACCGGCGAUCUAAUUUGGUAUCGAGUGAGUUUUCUGACCUAUUUGAGCACCGGACCCAAGGGUACUUGCAGAGGGAACUGGUCUCGGAGGAGGUGGACUGACCAUAGAAAUGAGUCCUGCGGAUGCUCUCGAUGAUGAAAAUACAUUUAAAAUCUUGGUUGCAACGGAUAUUCAUCUGGGUUUUAUGGAAAAAGAUGCUGUGAGAGGAAAUGAUACAUUUGUAACACUUGAUGAAAUUUUAAGACUUGCCCAGGAAAAUGAUGUGGAUUUUAUUUUGUUAGGUGGUGAUCUUUUUCAUGAAAACAAACCUUCAAGGAAAACAUUGCAUGCCUGCCUCGAGUUAUUAAGAAAAUAUUGUAUGGGGGAUCGUCCUGUACAGUUCGAAAUUCUCAGCGACCAGUCAGUUAACUUUGGUUUUAGUAAGUUUCCGUGGGUGAACUACCAAGAUGGCAAUCUCAACAUUUCAAUUCCAGUGUUUAGUAUUCAUGGCAAUCAUGAUGAUCCCACAGGGGCAGAUGCACUCUGCGCCCUGGAUAUUUUAAGUUGUGCUGGAUUUGUCAAUCACUUUGGACGUUCAAUGUCUGUGGAGAAGAUAGACAUUAGUCCAGUUUUGCUUCAAAAAGGAAGCACAAAAAUUGCUCUAUAUGGCUUAGGAUCCAUUCCAGAUGAAAGGCUCUAUCGAAUGUUUGUCAACAAAAAAGUAACAAUGUUGAGACCGAAAGAAGAUGAGAACUCUUGGUUUAACUUAUUUGUGAUUCAUCAGAACAGGAGUAAACACGGAAGUACCAACUUCAUUCCAGAGCAGUUUUUGGAUGACUUCAUCGAUCUUGUUAUCUGGGGCCAUGAACAUGAGUGUAAAAUAGCUCCAACCAAAAAUGAACAACAGCUCUUCUACGUGUCACAGCCUGGAAGUUCAGUGGUCACUUCUCUUUCUCCAGGAGAAGCUGUAAAGAAACACAUUGGUUUGCUGCGUGUUAAAGGAAGGAAGAUGAAUAUGCAGAAAAUUCCUCUCCGCACAGUGAGGCAGUUUUUCAUGGAUGAUGUUGUUCUGGCUGAUCAUCCAGACAUUUUUAACCCAGAUAAUCCUAAAGUAACCCAAGUCAUACAGAACUUCUGCUUGGAGAAGGUUGAAGAAAUGCUUGAAAAUGCAGAACGGGAACGUCUGGGAAAUUCUCGACAGCCAGAGAAACCUCUUAUACGACUGCGAGUGGACUAUAGUGGAGGCUUCGAACCGUUCAGUGUUCUUCGCUUUAGCCAGAAAUUUGUGGAUCGGGUAGCUAAUCCAAAAGAUGUUAUCCAUUUUUUCAGGCACAGAGAACAAAAGGAAAACACGGGAGAAGAGAUCAACUUUGGCAAGUUCAUCUCAAAACCCUCAGAAGGAACAACACUAAGGGUUGAAGACCUUGUAAAACAGUAUUUUCAAACUGCAGAGAAGAACGUACAGCUCUCACUUCUAACAGAAAGGGGAAUGGGUGAAGCAGUACAAGAAUUUGUGGACAAGGAAGAAAAAGAUGCCAUAGAGGAAUUAGUGAAAUAUCAGUUGGAAAAAACACAACGAUUUCUUAAAGAACGUCAUAUUGAUGCCCUAGAAGAUAAAAUCGAUGAAGAGGUACGUCGUUUCAGAGAAAGCAGACAAAAUAAUACGAAUGAAGAAGAUGAUGAAGUUCGAGAGGCCAUGAGUAGGGCCAGAGCCCUCAGAUCUCAGUCAGAGGACGCUGCUUCCGCCUUGACUGCUGAAGACCUUAUGAGUAUAGAUUUGGCAGAACAGAUGGCUGAUGACUCUGACGAUGGCAUCAUAGCAGCAGCCAACAAAGGAAGAGGCCGGGGAAGAGGCCAAAGAGGAGGAAGAGGGCAGAAUUCAGUGUCGAGAAGGGGGUCACAGAGAGGAAGAGCAGGCACUAGUCUGGAGAUUUCUACUCAAGGCAGAGGUUCAAAGGCCACUACAUCAACGUCUAGAAAUAUGUCUAUUAUAGAUGCCUUUAAAUCUACAAGACAGCAGCCCUCCCGAAAUGUUGCUACUAAAAAUUAUACCGAGGUGAUUGAGGUGGAUGAGUCAGAUACUGAAGAAGACAUUUUUCUGACCACAUUCAAAACUGAUCAAAGAGGCUCGAGUACUUCAUCAUCAAGCAAACCCAUGUCCCAGAGCCAGAUCUCCAAAGGGGUCGACUUUGAAUCAGAUGAGGACGAUGACGAUCCUUUUACGAACCUUAGUUGUUUAAGAAGAAACAGAAGAUAAUAUAUUUAAUGGCAGUUUGAAGUUUUCAAGAUUCAGGAAAAAUUGAAACGUUGCAGGCUAAUACUUUACCAGUUGAAAAUUUUUUUAGUAUUGCUGUUAACUGAAGAAUAUGAAUCAUUCUUGCUUGCACAGAGAUGGAGAAACUAAUGUAUAAAAAUUUGUGUUUUUUAAUAUUAUUUCCUGACCAUGACUCCCCUGUCUGAGAAACUUCCCAGUUCAAAGGCAUAUAGAGUAGCAUUGGUUCUCCUUAUUUUUUAAUCUGGUGUUAAUGUUAACUGUUUUAUAAAUGCUCUGUAAAACUUAGAAGGUUAUUUUCCUGACAUAGAAUAGUUUAUUUAUACUGAGUGAGAGCUUUGUGUAAAUAUCAUUCUUGAAUAAGGACUAAAAUAAAUCUGCCAUUGUACAUUUCUGCUUUAUAAUCAAAGAUUGUGUCAGUAUUUUAAGGUGGUGACAUUUAGCCAGAAUUGAGGAAAAGAGCUUUACCCCUUUUUAUAAUUUUAGUAAUUUCUAGACAUCCUGGAUUUCCUGCACGUAAAACAGUUUAUAUGAAACAGUGCCUAAGCUCACUGUUACUCAGUAUGUGUUCUUUUUCAAUAUAUGUUCUUUUUCUAAUGCUUGUGAUGGAAUCAGCCAGAGACUUUGAAUGAUUACAUAUAUUCUGUACUUUGAAUAAUUAGAUAAAAGUUGGUAUCAAAAAAUAAAGUCUGUCAGAGUUAUCAUUUCUUAUUCCAGUUGUAGCAAAGAUUCUAUUGAAUCUAUUGAAUAGAUUCAAUUGAAUCUUUGUGCUUCCAUUGAAUGGUAGUAAUUUCCUGCAUUAUUUUCCAGUAUUAAAGUUUCUCUCUCUUCCUUGUCUAUUUCUAAGAGGAAAGGGUUAAAACAAUUUAACCAUAUUUUUUUAGAAAUAUUGAAUCUUUUUUUUUUUUAGAUAGACUUGUCAGUUGACCCUAAUGGUCAUAUUAGAUUAACAAUGAAGUAUCACUUCUGUGGAAUAUCAGUGCUAAGAUUCCUCAUUAUUAAUAUUUUAUCUUAACAUUGGGCAUGAGCGAUUCCAAAAUCUUAGAGAAGCAGCUUUUGUUACUUUUUCUUACUUGUAAGUAAGAAAGGAGAAAAUGGCUUUUACUCCUUCCUAGGGGGACCUAAGAAUUUGACCUCUUCAGAUUUAAGUUCAGUAACCCCAUUUUUCUUUUUAAAACUGUUAAAAGACCCUGUGAGAGUGUUCUUUUCAUCUUACAAUGCAGCUAUUUAUUCAAAACUCCUGAAGGAAGUUAUUGAUCUUGGUGGUACAACAGCCUGACAUUUCUUCAUAGGUAGAAACAAACACUAGAUGGAGCAAUAGUCCUGAUCUUUGGUAUAUUCAUACCUAUAAUGUGUCAGACUCCAAAAGACAGCAUUAGCUUAGUGGCUGGCCUCUAUAUCACAGCAGUUUGAAAGGGCCUAAGUCAAGAAUUGCAAUGUAGCCCUAGUUUUUUAAAAAAUAUUUUCUGUACUUCAUUUGGGUAUAGGAUUAUUUUAGUAGGUAGCAUCAACUCAGCAGAAGGCCUUGUCCUAUGAAAUACUCUCCAGCACAUCUACUCCCGUCUUUAAUAUUCUCAGUAUUUGAAUGAAGCAAAGAUGAGAUGCUUUCCACAGUGGGAUGGAAGCUGGUUUGGGAGGCAGUCUUUAGGAAGAGUCAGCCAAUGACUCUUCUCACCUGCCAAUCGGAUGUUUUCAGGUGGGGGUCAUAGUAAGGGACAUCACUAACGCAACCUGAUAGGUUCCUGAGAAGAAGAGUAAGGACUUCUUCCUUUCUGCAAACUGCUCUAUGGUAUGAAAGAGGUACUAAAUGGGAUGCAUUUAGCUUCUGUGAAAAGUAACUCUGGCAGUGAGAGAAGGUGAAUUCUGCCCAGCUAAUUCAGGUCAUUUUGUGAAUAGCAUGUCACUUCCUGGAAAUAAUGUUGGUUGGCCCAAAAGUUCAUUGGGAUUUUCCAUGAAAUGUUACAAAAAACCCAAAUGAACUUUGGGGUCAACCCAGUAGUAAGUAAAGCAGGAAAAAAAGACAUUUUUGAUGAAUAUUGCUGCAUAGUUAAAUAUGCCACAUAUCCUUGAUACUGUGUAUUGAUGCAGUAAAAUCUAGGGCUUUUGGAAUGGCUUUUGGAGUUGAGAUAGAUGUGUGGAGGUGAUGACUGCAGAACCCCUGCAGUUUCCUCAGAGGCUGAGAGAAAGCCUCAGUGAAAACAUUCUGAGGAGAAAACGUCUAUCAUUUACCAAAGAAUAUCUCUCUUUCUGGCAUUUUGUAUCAAAAAUAUAAUAGUACAUUUAUAAUUCUAGGAAAUAAAAGUGGUACUUAGGAAAUUUAGGCAUUCAGGCUUUCAAUUCGGGUACAUAUUGGAUAUGGUUUUUGUAAAUGUUUUAAAUUAUGAAAUCCAGUAACAGAGAAGUUAUAGUUUAAUAAAUAAUGAUAAAGUGAGCCUCAUGGCACUCUCUGUACAGGUCAGAAAAUAGAAUUUCACCAGUCCCUCAGGAGCACUGGUGUCCUCUCUGGGAAACCCCAUCUUGACUCCUGCCAUUGAGAAGUUUGUUCUUCUGCCACAAGGUGGUGCUUCCAAAUUUAAAAUUAACUCAGUAGUUUCGCAGUAAAUUUGGAACCUAUGCAAUAAUAAUACUGAACCUAUGCAGUUAAAACCAAAAUUAGCUUUCUAAUUUUAUAUGUAAAUUGCUUAGCAUAUUUCACCUGGCUCAGCCUGUGUUACUAAGGAAAUUGUCAGUUCGAUAAAUUUUAGAUAUAAAGGUACAAGAAGAAAAUGUUUUAUGUUUUAAUAAAGAGAAAAGUCUUUAUUAGAAAAGUGGAAUUAAAAAGUUUCCCAUUGUAAAAUUUUUCUGUUGAAAUGUCCUUUCUCCCAGUGUAAUCUGUUGUCCUUUUUUGUAUUCCUUAUACAUUUGUCACAGUGCUUUAUGACUUUUUAAAGCUAAUUCUUUUUUUUUAAAGCUCAUUUGUUAUAAAAUAAAGAUUUGUUUUUCCUGAGUC